AUGGGCGUCAAGGGACUUUGGAGGUAUGUGGAACACCACAACAUCCAGUAUGCAUACCCCAGCAAAAAUGCCCGCGCAGACUGCUACGCUAUCAACCCCCGCCAUCUUCUGAUAGACAUGAAUGCAGUGCUGCACAUCGCGUACAACCCUAAGGUGCCAACUACUGCAGCGACGCUGCGCGCGGUCGCAGCAAAGAUGGACGAGCUGCUGACGCGUGUGCGGCCGCACGAUACUCUUGUUCUUGUGUACGACGGCGUCGCGCCGAUUGCAAAGCUGAAGACACAGAAGGAGCGCCGCCACUCCCUGUCUAUCCACCCGCCACGUUCCGCCACAGCGCCCACCACCUCAAAGUGCAGUGGCAGUAACAGCAUUCGUGUCUCGCCGUGGUACACGUGUGACCCUGUGCUGGACGAGGUGCCGCUGCACCGUGAGGAGAUCCUCUGCGGGGCAGAGUUCGUGCUCGCCUGCGAGGAGUACAUCACAACGUAUCUGCAGCGGCGCAAGGCCCAGUACUCCUGGGAAAAACUGAUGGUAAGCGGGUGCCGCGAGUCGGGGGAAGGUGAGGUGAAAAUGUCUGCGUUGCUACGCAGACUCUGGGCAGCGACAGUCGCCGAUGGCAGCUACGACCCAGACGAUACCGUGUCAAUAGUGGGCAAUGACUCGGACCUCAUCCUGGUCGCCAUGGUGGCUGUUCCGUAUGCGCACUACAGCCUGAUCGAUCCAUUUGACCUCAGCCUCACGUCUCUGUGGGAGCUCAUGAACCACUGGUCGAAGGCUGUGCCGAACCCUCCACUGCCAGCCGAGCUGCUUCCUUCCUACCGCAUUGACUUUGUGUUCUUGAUGCUGCUCUCCGGUGACGACUACUACGACGGCAUCGGAAGCGGCAGCGUCGCUCUGUGGCAGCGGUACCGCCAUUUGCGCGCCAAUGAAGGGUACUUCCGCCGUUCCCUCAUCUCCGGACGUCACCUCGAGGUGGAUGUGGAGUUGCUGCGUGCGGUGUUCGCGCGUAGUGGCUCCAUGGCAGCACAACUCUCGCGUGUGUCGCGCAACAAGCGCAAGACAGCCAAGGCGCUUUUGCGCGGUGACCGCAGUGGUGGCGGGGGCGGCAGGGCCAAGGAGGGGGCAGAGCUCCUCGCAGCGGCGCUAUGGAGCCUGCGAAGUUACGUGUUUGGCUACUGCACCGACUACGGCUUCGUCCCGCACCAGGAGGGGCCUCCGUCUGUGGGCUCGUUGCGGGCUGCCGUGCAGGUACGGGGACUGAGCCGAAAGAUCGGCUCAGUCGCCGCGGAGGGGGACGCCAACGGGGAGACGACAGACGCCGGGAAGGUAAAGGAGGUCUUGAGGUCUGCCGAGCCCAUUUUUUCGCCUCUUGAGCAGUGCGUUGCGGUACUGGGCAUUCGUGGUCGUUUCUCGCUUGAACUGAGCCGUGCCAUUCGUGCGAGCACCGAAGACGAUGGGCACCGACUGACGACGAGCACGUCUAUCGGGCUUCUGACGGAGACCGUAAAGAACAUCAUAGCAUCUGUAGACACAGCACAACUGACGGAGGCGGAGCGGCGGUUGAGUAAUCGCUGCCGCGCAGGAGCUGAGGAUGACAAUGAAGAUGUCGGCGCUUUCAUGCGACUGGCUGCCCUUCGUCCCCGAAAGACGGCGCCGGCGGCUACCCAGGAGGAGAAGCAACCCAAUCGAGCAGAAGAGGUACAACCGACAGAGACUGAGGGCAGCGAUGGGGAGGACUCGGAUGACAAGGACGAAACGUUGGCGCUGAAACGCCAAUAA